AUGAAUCUGAAGAUCAAAUUCAUGGACCUGGAAGCCUCGCGAGGCACUAGUACCACCAUAAUCCAGUCAUCAAAUGUGCCUUCCCGCGGUUCUGAGGAAAUUCUGGCGAUUUUAUCAAUUCAAAUGGGCUGUAGCUUUCUCCAGGGUCUCCAUGACGAAAGGUUUUGCAUUAAGCACAAAAGGAAAAGCAAUGAUGUCUUUUUCCUGGCGGCUCUCAAUUUGAUGGACGGAUUCGGCUCAGCUGGUAGGCUGGGCCCAAUCACGCCAGAGGGCGCACGAUGCCCAAAGCCACACGCAUUCGUGCCCAACGCCCAUGCACAUCAGGACCGACCGGCUGGUGGCAAGUCGAUCUGGCAGCAGCAUUUCAUUUGA